CCUUUGGCCACCUCGAUUCCCGGUCCCCGCCUCAGCAGACCCAGGCCAGCCGCCCUCCCUACGUCCGCGCCUCUUGCCCCCUCCCACUCGGCCACUUCAGUCGCCUGCCCCGGCCUCCGUAGACCCCGCCGGGACACCCGCCCCCUCCCACCAGCCGCCCCGGACCGCGCUCGGCCACCACCCUCGCCUCGGCCCUCCCACCCGGGGCCUCGUAGAAACCCCCACCCCCGCCGCGUGGACCCCGCCGCGCCGCCCCCCGGCUCGGCCCCCUCCUUGGGGUCGUGGCGGCAGGGGGAGGGGCCGUGCCGGCCCCCGCGUGCGUGGCAGGCUCUCCCGGCUCGGCUCUCCCGGCCUUCCUUCUCGGGAGGCGGGGUCGGCGCCGCGGCGGCGGCGGCGGCGGCGGAGGCAGGCCCCCUCCUCCUUCCUCCCUCGUCCGGCCUCCUUUCUCGCGCGCCCGCCCGCCGGCUCCUUCUCGGCCGCUCCGACGCCAGCAGCGCCCGCGUGCCGCUCGCCCAGCCCCGGGGGAGCCCGAGGAAGUUCCCGGGCCGCGCGCCCCGCUCGCUCGCCUCGCAGUCCGCGGCCUCACCCGCCGCCGCGCCCGCCAUGCCCUCGGCCAAACAAAGGGGCUCCAAGGGCGGCCACGGCGCCGCGAGCCCCUCGGAGAAGGGCGCCCACCCGUCGGGCGGCGCGGAUGACGUGGCGAAGAAGCCGCCGCCGGCGCCGCAGCAGCCGCCGCCGCCCGCGCCGCACCCGCAGCAGCACCCGCCGCAGCAUCCGCAGAACCAGGCGCACGGCAAGGGCGGCCACCGCGGCGGCAAGUCCGCCGCCGCCGCCGCCGCCGCCGCCUCGUCCUCGGCGUCCUGCUCGCGCAGGCUCGGCCGGGCGCUCAACUUUCUCUUCUUCCUCGCCCUGGUGGCGGCGGCCGCCUUCUCGGGCUGGUGUGUCCACCACGUCCUGGAGGAGGUCCAGCAGGUCCGGCGCGGCCACCAGGACUUCUCCCGGCAGAGGGAGGAGCUGGGCCAGGGCUUGCAGGGCGUCGAGCAGAAGGUGCUGUCUCUUCAAGCUACAUUUGGGACUUUUGAGUCCAUCUUGAGGAGCUCCCAGCAUAAACAAGACCUCACGGAGAAAGCUGUGAAGCAAGGGGAGAGUGAGAUUAACCGGAUCAGUGAAGUUCUGCAGAAGCUCCAGAAUGAGAUUCUCAAAGACCUCUCUGAUGGCAUCCACGUGGUGAAGGAUGCCCGGGAGCGGGACUUCACGUCUCUCGAGAACACGGUGGAGGAAAGGCUGACAGAGCUCACCAAGUCCAUCAACGACAACAUUGCCAUCUUUACCGACGUCCAGAAGAGGAGCCAGAAGGAAAUCAACGAUGUGAAGGCGAAGGUCGCCUCUCUGGAAAACUCCGAGGGGUACAAGCAGGAUCUGAAAGCCUUGAAGGAAGUUGUGAAGGAAAUCCAGUCCUCUGUGAAGUCCAGAGAGAAGGACAUCGAGACCUUGAGAAGCACCCUCCAGACCUUGGAAUCUGACGUCUACACAGAGGUCAAGGAGCUGGUGAGCCUCAAACAGGAGCAGCAGAAAUUCCAGGAGGCAGCCAAUUCGGAGCACCUCACCUUGCAGGCCCUCACGGAGAAGGUUCUCCAGUCGGAGGAGGCCACCUCCCGCCUCCCUGAGGAGAUCAGGAGACUCAAGGAGGAGCUGCGCCACCUGGAAACUGAGGCCCUCAGGCCGGAAGAAGGGGUUUACAAAAACUCUGAUGCCUUAGAAGCGCUCCAGGAAAAGAGUCAGGGAUUGGACUCCAGGCUCCAAACCGUGGAAGACGGAGUGGAUGCCGUGCAGACGGCCUCUGCACGGCACAGCGAGAGCCUGGAGGCCCUGCUGGCCAAGAGCGAGGAGCAGGAGCGGCGCCUGGCCGCCCUGCAGGAGCGCGUGGCCGGCCUGGGCCCCUCGGAGGAUGACGCGGGCGGCCUGGCCAGCACGGUGAGGAGCCUGGGCGAGGCCCAGCUCUCUCUCUACGGCGACGUGGAGGAGCUGAAGAGAAGCAUGGGCGAGCUCCCCAGCACUGUGGAGGCUCUCCAGAAGGUGCAAGAGCAGGUGCACACGCUGCUGGGGCGGGACCCGGCCCGGGCGGCCCCCUUGCCUCCUCAGGACUUCCUGGACAGACUCUCUUCUCUAGACAACCUCAAAGCCUCAGUCAGCCAAGUGGAAUCAGACUUGAGGAUGCUCAGGACUGCCGUGGACAGUUUGGUCGCCUACUCGGUGAAAAUAGAAACCAACGAGAACAACUUGGAAUCAGCCAGGGGCUUGCUAGAUGACCUGAGGAAUGACCUGGAUAGGUUGUUUGUGAAAGUGGAAAAGAUUCAUGAAAAAGUCUAAGCGAGUUGUGUCUGCAGGGCGCGGAUUUAAAGUCCAGUUUUUCAUGACCAAAAACUGUGUUGUUUUCUCCCAUGUGUCCCGCCCCCCCCCCCCCCCCAUGUUCUUGUCCCCUCUUAAAGCAGUGGACACCCCCCCGAACACCAAGGCAUUUUCUAUUCCCAUGCCUGCGUAAUUUAUUUACGAUCAUUACCACACACCAUUGGUUUCUCAAGUUUUCUGCUUCUGCUUUUGGUUGGUUUGCUGAAGGCCCAGCCCCUGCAAAUCAGGGGCGCCUUUUAGAAGGGAUGUUUCUCGUGUCAGAGAAGAAUGGCUUCAACUGAGGAUUAACAGAAGCAGAUUAACUGUAACCUCAGAAAACCCUGCCUGGCUGGCAGAUUUCAAGGAAAAAAAGUGGGGGGAGGAGGCACUUUUUUUUCUAAUUGUCUUUAAGGAAAAUUGCUUUUCCUUUUUUUUUUUUUUUUUUUUAAUAUUUCUGGCCGAAGUUUUCAUGAGCUGUCACUCACUUCUCGUCUUCCACUUUAAACUGGCUAAACUUCACAAGUGUCAGCUCUCCAUUGGGAGGGGAGCAAGCCCCUCGGGCUUUAGGUUGAAAAGAACCAGCUGCUUGACUUGAUGGUCACCUCCAGUGGCGUGGGGUGUCUUUUCCAUUCCUGAAUCAUCCUGUGAUCUCAAAGGUAACUAUGCAAAGAAUCCAGAUGGUUCUGAAUGUGAAGGCACAACACCCCACGGAGUUCCCCUGUGGCCAACCUGUGUCAUCCCUUGGUAGGGUCCCCAAAUAAUGCACAGGUUGAGAAUCCCGAGAAAGGGGACUCCUUGGAUUCUUUCGGGAAAUGUGUCUGAGAGCUGUCCACAAAGGCCUGGGCCGUCUCCCCAGGGAAUGGAGGCCAAGUGUUUUUAUUUUACCACAGUGUCCACGAAGAGGUUUGCUGUCAGGGCAGACCCCCAUCUGUCAGUGAGGAAGGUGUGCAUUUUCUGUAGUUUUUUGCUGUUUCCCUUUACCUUCGAGCUGUACUGUUCUUUAAUGGCUGUCUUGCCCUUCAGAAAAGAAAAAAGAAAAAAGGAAAAAAAAAAAAAGAAAAUUCAGAGAAAAAAAAAGGUUUGUUUAGUUUACUGUGAAAUGAACUGUAUGGCUUAUUUACAGUAUUUUUAAUUCUUAAUAAACACUUGAGCUUUGUUAUGA